AGCAGCAGAGGAAGGAAAAAAAAUCUUCUGCUCGACACAUGCUUCGAAGCUUCGGUUUCAGCAGUAAAUUCGCCGCCUCAACAGUUCAUUUAUUUCUUUUGAUUCGCGAGAACAAACUGUUAUAGCAGCAUGGAUUUGGAGUCCAUGAAAUAUGCCGAGUUGCGAGCUCUCGCUAAAGAGCUUGGAGUGAAAGCGAACAUGAAGGCUGAUAAACUCCUGAAAGCGAUCAAACAGCAUUAUCAGGAAAAGAAGGCGGAUGGAGUGCAGAAUGAUGAUGCUGCAGAAGGCAACAGUGCUUCACAUGAUGACGCACAGAAGCAUGAAGAUGCUGCUGGGAAAGAAGUUCAUGACACAGAUGUGUUUGUAAACACUCGCAGAGGGAAACAAAAAGGGAUCAAGAGGAAAAUGUCUGAAACUUCAGCUGUGAUGCCAUGUGAUGCAGAGUUACCAGAUGGUGCAGCUGCAGCUCGGGGCGAUACUGCUGCCGCCAGCUGUCGUAAGGGCAGCAAAAAGGAAAUUGAGCUUCCUGAGGAGUCCUCAGUGAGUGAGCAGCAGCCAGACAUCAAACACGAUGAGCUUGCGUGGGGUGGUGCAGGAGAUGAACCGAAAGGAGGUAAAAUCCCUCGUUACGGAAGGCUGCAGAAGACGACUGCAUUGAAGCCUGUUACUCCGAACUUCAAAAAACUCCACGAGGCGCAUUUCAACAAAAUGGAAUCAAUUGACUCGUAUGUCCAGCGGAAGACCAAGCAGAUGGAGACUUACAGAAAUGCUGUGAAAGAACUGAAGGUGCUUUCAGACAAAACUAAACCGCAAGCCGAAAUUCCACCUGCAAAUCAAAGUCGUGCUUCUAUGUUCAGUCCUGCCCCGGUGAAUAAGACUGGAGCUACAGCUAAACGCAGAAAAACUAUGCUUUCAACCAGCAAGCUGCCUGUGAAGAAACCUGGUGGGAAGGAAGAUGAUUUGUUCAGACCAUCUGUCAUUUCCACUCGCAGGAUUAACGUGCGUUUCUCAGAAGCUACAAAUGACGAGUACAAGCAGUCCUUGGUGAAGACGCCUGCACGAAUGUCACUCUGUGUGGCCUCCAACACCCCACAGAAACUGACCUCUACUGGUGGAAAAGCGCAAACUGCCAAUACUUCUACUCUGUCUGCUACCAAGACUCCAGGACCGUUUAUCUUCACUGCCAACUCGAGUACUUCAGCGACCCCUGGAAUACAAAAGAAACCCUCGUUUGACCUGAAGGCGAGUUUGUCUCGUCCCCUUAGCUACAAGCCACAUACAGGCAAACUAAGGCCAUUUGGAGAGAUGAAAGUAAACACAGCAGGCAACGGAUCUGUUAUCUCACACUCGCAGCAGAAUUAUAAACAGCCCCAAGUCCAGACAAGGGAGAAGAAGAGAGCAAAACACAUUGAAGAACGGAAACAGAAGAAAGAAAGUAUGCUCGGGGCCAGAAGAGGUCUUGUGAUGAUGUAAAUAUUUUUGCUUCAGCUGCAGAUUUUUUUUGUGAUAUUCUGUAUGGUAUAACUGUUUAUUUCACUGUAAAUAUUUAGUUGAUACAAGCAGCUUUAGGAUUAUAGGCAUGUUCAUCUGCUUUCCUUUAGUCCAACUAGAGUGUAUGGUACUUAGAAUUUAUGCUACAACAAAGUAAGUACAAGAAAAAAAUCUUUUUCUUUGCAUUUAGAGGGCUACAGUUUUAAAGCAUUUUAAACUUGCUGCUCUGGAAAGAGUUAUUGUAUUUUGCUAUUCCAAAUCAGAAAAAGUUACAAUGAUAUUGGCCAAAAUAGGGGUGCAGGAUACAAUGAUUCUUGCAUUUACUUUGACUUAUGUUUCACUGACAACAGGAUGAACCCAGAAUAUUUCAUAUUUUGUGUGGCCAGAUUAUUUCAAAUUAUUUAAUUUGUUAAUAUACAUCUAUUCCUAUAUUUAAGGCCUGCAACACUUUUUUUAAGACUGGAUGGAUACAUGAACAUUUUCAAGUCACUGAAUAUCUCUUGAUCGAUCGAUUGAAGACAAAUUUCCCCACGGGGACCAAUAAAUCUAAUCUGAUCAAUUUUUUUAAAAAUACAAACAAUGUGGUACUGUAUAGUAAAUCUGUCUCAUAAUUAUCUGUCUCAAAAAUUGAGUCACCAUGUUAGAAGGUAACUAGUGAGGUGAAACCACGCGUGACACCCAGACUACUGAAAGAAUUAUAGGCUUCUGUGGAUGUGAGUGGAGAAACUGGAAAUGGUGGAAAAUUAGCUUGUUGUAUCCUCAUUUAAAGGUUCUGUUAAAGUGGACUAGACAAGGGUUGUAAAACAGGAAAAUGGAUCAGAUCACGGCUCAGGUUUCUCAUGUGCCGUCAGG